ACCAAACCCACCCCACCUCCCCCUCCCCUCUCUCUUUCAUCCCCCUUGAAGAUAGGCGAGACUCUUGGGGGUUAAACAGAAAAGAUAGACCACAGAAAACAAACACACCCACUUGAUCAAAAUUCCAACAAUUCACAAGUACUUUUGAAGGUGGGAGCUUCUCUUUUGAGGGGAAUGUUGUCUGGCUCGAGGACACUUCCAGCCAUAUCUACCUUACUGUUUCAAUCAAAGGAUGGAUUGACUCCAUGUUAAUUAGUAGUGUCGUCGGACCAGGCUUCAUUCCCCCCAAUUAUUGCUUCCAUGGACAGAUCAGAUCCUGUGGCUUUCAUGGUACAGGUUUGGUUUUUACUGUACUUCUUAUUUUUAUCUACUACUUGGGGAAAUUUUUGGGUUUUUAGAUGUUGGAUCUUUUGUUUUUAGAGCAAUCAAGGCUAUUAGUCAUGUGCAGAUUGGCGCAAUGAUGAAGCAUUUUGACCAUUCUGAGUAAAGGUUUCAUCAUUAAUACUCUUUUUCUUUUUUAUUUUAGAUCUCUGAUGAUGUUAUGACCGUGUUUUUUUGUCAGUUGAAAAAACAAAAAAAAAAACCCCUUUUCCUGAUCUCGUUUUGAACCUAGGCAAACAUUCUCUCCUUUUGACCCCCAUUUCUCUUUCUCUCUCUUAGGGUUUCAAUAUUGCAGAUAUAUUUGCAGAUUUUCUCUGCUCUAGUCCCAAAACAAAAAUCUUUCAACUUUGAAGUUUUGUAAAGGUGUACAAAGCAAGAAAAGGCUUGCCUUUUUCUUUUACUGUCUCAAAACUCAAAAGCCUGAUACCAAAUCUUGAUGGGUAUAUCUGGCAAUGUAUUCUUUUGUGAAAAUAGGGAUUUUGAUAAUUUGAUAUGAUCUUACUAGAGGGAUCCAACUCAUCAAAGAUCUCUGUUUUGAUGGGUAAGUUCUUUUCUUUUUUUUUUUCCUCUUAAAUUAAAUAUAUCCAUUUAAUUUCCUCAAUUCUUAAAAGUAGCAUUUCAUCAGAUAUUUUCCAUCACUAAAUAUUAGAAAUUUAUUUACCUAGGUUACAAAAGCCUAAAGUUUUGACAUUUAUUUGAUGAAGGAAUGAUUAGGAAUAAAAGUCCAUUGCGCAUAUGUUUAUUUUGUUAACAACUUGUCAUCUAGCUUAUCCAUGUUCUUUGAAUAAUGGACGAGAUCACGUUCUGUUGGUGUAGAUUUUUGUCACUAGACAAUGACAUUAUGGCAGCUCUUGUGGAAAAAGAGAGGUCUAUGUGGGCAUUGGAAAAUCCACAUGACUAACCUAAUCUCCUUAUCUAAAACCCUAAAUCAACAUUUCAGAGUCUCCAAUCUAAGUUUUGCAAAUUUGUUCUUUCCCUCAACCUGUAUUUCCUCUUUACUCUGUUUCAAAAAAAGCUUUUAUAGACAGUCAACACUGGAGAUGUGGAAAAAGAGAGUAUUAGUAGUUUAUGCUUCAUGUUUUGGAAAGUAAAGGACAACAUUAAGGAAGUAUGUAUGAGCAGGAGAAGUCAUGCUUAAACAAGUAAAUGGAAGAAUGAAUUGUAGAAGCUAGCUUUUCCCCCCAUGUUUGUGCUUUCUUUGGUACAUUUUAAGGGAAUUAGUGAAGCAAACCGAGGGUGAAUAUUUAUUUAUUUCCCAUCAAAACUUUUCCAUAAUUUGCUCUCCCUUUUUUCAUGCCAUGCUGAUGAACACAUGAUGACACAGUUGAAUAGAAACAUUGUCAGAAUGAGUUAAGUAGGCUUUCAAUAGGCUGCUAUAUAUACCAUAUGUACCAGCUCUAGUAGCCAUUUACAUCAUAGACAUAGACUCUCACGCGCCUUCACAGACACACAUGCUUCACAAAACGUCAGCAUGAAAUUGUGCCAUGGAAAUCUCUCUUUCCUACUAGAAUCUGGGAAGCAAAUCUCGGUUUUUUAAGUAUUGUUACCCCUUAAUACAGUGAGAAACACCACAUUUCUUCUGGUUUGAGUUAAGAGGAUGUAUAUGAUGUAUACCAUGUAUGCACUCUACCCAUUUUCUUCUCUCUUUUGUUUUCUUGUUCAUUGCUGUUGAGAAUUGGAGAUAUGGUAUGAAUGCUGUCUCCUAAAGAAGAAGCUUUUGGGAAAUUGGAGCUUUUUGACCCUAUAAAUGUAAAGUAAAACCCUUUUUUGGAUUUGCUAACUUUUUAUUUAUGAUUUUCGAGAUCCAUAGAGAUGUUUU